CCAUUAGAAACCAUACUAGCUAGCUUAAAUGUAUUAUCUCAAAUCUAUGUUUUCUUGUCUCGAUGCAUCGGUGUAACAAUGUUAGGUCAUAAUCAUUACCCAAACGUAGAAAAGUCACAACUGGUGAACUAUGUGGAGGAUUAUUUGGAAUGUGUUGAGUCCCUGCCUUUGGAUAUACAAAGAAAUGUCUCUCUGCUACGAGAAAUUGACUCAAAGUAUCAAGGUAUUGUUUACCCUUUCGUUGUUUUGGUGGUUUUACUUAAGCGUUUGACGAUAAAAUCGUAAAAAAUGAGUGCGCUGUAUUGACCAGUGCACGAUUCACUUUAGGCAGCUACAGUAGCUAGUUAUGUAAUGCCCCACACACUAGCAGCUAGCUAACGUUAGCUAGCUACUAUUGAACGCUAGUUUUUUUCUUGCUGAAAUAUAACGUUAGGUUCGUCUAUCGAGUAGCUAUGUAUGCCUUCAAUUUGUUAUCCAUAACAACAACGUAUCCGAAGUGAGGUCCAAGUUGGCUCGAUAACAAUGAGAUUGAUAUCCACAGAUCAGCCAUUUUGGCAAGAGGGGCGUUAUUGUGGCGUUUAGCGGCUUACUUAAAGAGUUGGUAAACCUUUUAUUUGCAUGCGUUUUUAUAUUUACUUUGCAAGGGAUGUUGACUUAUUGUAGACUGUGUUUGCUAGCAAGUGUUACAUUCGUAGUACAAAGCUCCGUAGCUAUUAGCUAGCUUAGCUCAAUAAACUGAUCACUCUGCUUGCUAGAGAAAUAGCGAAAUGGUCAUGGUUGCAAUCCGCCGGUGAUGAAAAUGUGCCAUGUACGAGAAGGUGAUUUUGCCAGUACUUCGUCUGACAGUUGUACGCCCAAGUGUUGUUGUAGUCGUUUGUGUGUGAUCCACUUUAGUAAGAAAAGAGGGACAACCCCCUGACCAGGGCUGUCACUAGUUACCACAGCCAAUUGUCUAUAUCGUACAAAUUCAUGAAAACAAAAAUUCGCUUUUUACUAUUAAUUUAAGGUUAGGCAUAAGAUUAGCAUUGUGGUUAGGUUUAAAAUCAGAUUUUAAGAAAACAAUUGUAGAAACAGGCGGGGUUUAUGACUUUGUGGCGUCUAGUGACGACCCCUGAUCAGGCGGAAAGUGUCGUCACUUCCUGAAUAUAAACCAAUGCGGAAGUAGGAAGGAAUCUAUAAAUUCAUAUAGCUCUUCCGUCUUAUUACUAGUUUGUCAGAUUGUCAUUAGCUGAUUUCCAGUGCUCCUACAGUUUGCAGCAGCUAUUAUAUAUGCAUACAAUUGUGCACACCAGGGAAAUUCGUAAAGAAUUUAACCCCCGGUUCCUACCAGGAGCUUCAUUGAGUAGGUAAACGUUUCCUCUAGCCUCUGACUGACACAGCGUCAGAUAUUAUUGUAUUCCCGAUGAUAAUUUCUCAACUCCAAUAGUAACUCAACAAUUGCAUAAGACACCCAUCCUAAUAUUGAACUCUUCUCAUUCUUUGUGCUUUGCAGAGGUCCUGAAGGAGGUUGAUGAUGUCUACAAGCGCUACCAGGGCGAGCGGGAUGCGGCACAGCGUAAGAGGCUUCAGAUCCAGCUGCAGCGGGCCCUCAUCAGCAGCCAGGAGCUGGGCGACGAGAAGAUCCAUGUGGUCACCCAGAUGACUGAGCUGGUAGAGAACCGUUCCCGCCAGAUGGACUCCCACUCCCUCUGCCUCCAGGAGCCCAGCGAGGCCAGCGAGCGGGAGCGGGUCGUCACCGAGCGGCGCUCCGGUUCCGUCCAGGAGGCGGUGGUGUCCACGCCUGCUGAGCGCUCCUCUGCCCGCCGGCCGAGACGCCAGCGCAACAGCGAGAGCCGCGACUCCAACCAUGCCUCAGGGAAUGGAACGGUGAUGGAUGACCCAGCGGACGAGCUUCCUGUGCAGCCACGGGAGAAGAGGUCCAAGUCUGCCAAGAAGAAGAAGCGCAAGGCCAAGCAGGAGCGCGACGCCUCGCCUGUGGAGUUCACCAUCGACCCCAACGAGCCCACCUACUGCCUAUGCGUGCAGGUGUCCUACGGCGAGAUGAUUGGCUGUGACAACGAUGCGUGCCCCAUCGAGUGGUUCCACUUCUCCUGCGUGGGGCUCACCUACAAGCCCAAGGGUAAGUGGUUCUGUCCCAAGUGCAGAGGGGACAAUGAAAAGACUAUGGACAAAAGCCUGGACAAGAACAAAAAGGACCGGAGGUCCAGGUAG